CUGCGGUUAAUUGCUCCUGAUGCUGUUGUCCUUACCAGCAUUGAAAAAAAGUGACACAGACACAGCGUCUGAGUGUGACAAGGUGGAGGAUCCCCCAGAGCCGCCAGAGCCACCCACUGCUGCGCACGACCCCGCCCUUGAGCAGCAGAGAACAGCAGCAGACCUAAAGGAAUCAUGUAAGAAGGCCUUUCAAAAGAGCAGAAGAAACAUCCAUACUGAACAAUGUGGUCCCUCAAUGGCAAAUGAAACACUGAAAAAAAAGGAGGACAAAGUCUUGGUGCCCAAAUCAAGUUUCAAAGAUAUCAUUACUGGUAAAAACAUAAACUAUCAAGACUUGAAAAUGCAACACAGCGUACUCUACCAGGCCUACACCAAACUGUUAGCGGAGGCUCAACAACUACGCACUGACAACGAGAAACUGCGCAACUCCCUCCAAAGUGAUUUCUCCAAACUCUCCUACCGCUUUUUAAAAUGGGACGCCAAACAGAUCAGAUUUCUCACCGGACUCCCCUCGGUUGCAUUUGACUGGCUUCUUUCACGCAUCGAAUACAACGUCAUCAGAGUUCAUCCCGAGUUCAAAGCGGAAGACCACCUUUUGAUCGUCCUGAUGAAAUUAAAAAUGGGGCUUUGCGACGACGAUUUGGGCUAUCGAUUCCGAAUGAGCGGAGAAAUCAUCACGGCAAUCUGUCAAACGUGGAUUCCCACCCUGGCCGUCCUGCUCAGUCCGCUCAUCGAAUGGCAAAGUGACGACGUGAUCCACAAAAGCAAGCCAGACAUAUUCAAGACGAAAUUCAGGAAAUGUUGCUGCUUUUUAGACUGCGUGGAAUUCGCAGUAGCUACACCCAAAGGCGCCACAAAACACGUCAAGUAUUUCGUAAGCACCACUCCGGCUGGGGCCAUUUCGUUCCUGGCACCGGGGUUCAACAGGAGUGUUUCAGAACAGCAGGCCUUAAAGAUGUCAGGGUUCUUCGAAUUGUUUAAAACUCCCAGUCAGAUUUUGGCCAGCAGGACUUUUGCGAUCAAAGAAGAGCUCGCUAAAAUCAGAGUGACCUUACAUACUCCAGCCAGGGGAUUCACAGCGGACUCGGCAGUGUGGAGCCAUGUGAAUGUAGUGCUUGGUUGGUGGAAGGACUUCGGAAUAUUUCAGACGGCUGUACCGGCGUCAUACGAGGAGAUGAUGAAUGACGUGGUGAUGGCCUGUGCCGCUCUCACAAACUUGAAAAUGAGUCUAGUUCCAAACGUCGUCAAAAAUCAGAAACGAAAAAGAAAAAGAAAAGAUGCUGUGUGAGUUUUGAUUUUGUUCGUUUGUUUAUUUGUUGAGGUCUGUCUGAUUCGUUUAAAGUUACAGUAUGUGACGUUCUGGACAUGAAACAGUGGAAGGAGAAAGUUAAAACCAUAUUUAGAUUACUUUCCGUGGAGUUAGAGAAGUUGUGCAAUAUUAUAGCCAAAGGAACAACAUUUCUGUGGAAACUUGCAUUUCCAGACCAAAUAAGUCAAGUUUGUGGAGAUGAGAGCCUGCUCAGAGUAAUUACCAAUGUUUUUUAUGUGUUUCAGUGCAAUAAAAACAACCAAAAUGAAAAAAAAAAAAACUUACACAAGCAAUUUAGUGUAAGUUUCAUCUUGUACUGUUGGAGUACUCUUAAGCUUGUGCACCUGCAUCUAGGAUAGUAUUUUGCUUAAACCAGGCAUGUCCAAACUAUGUCCCGUGGGCCAAAUGCGGCCCUCAGACAAUUUUUUCUUGACCCUCAGGCUUCCAGGUGAACUGGCCCAUGCCUGCCUUAUAUCAAUUAAAAAUUAACUUUUUACUGCAAGUUUUUUGAAAAUCUACCCUGAUAAAGUUAAUAUUUAGUGUGUGGUUUUAAGGAUCUUAGCUUGAAUAAAGACUGCUGGCUCAUUCUAACAUGUUAAACAUGCACAUAUUUCAAUUAUUCACUGUAAUGAGCUCCAGUCAACGGCCCUCGAUCAGCCCUCUGCUUCGUCUGUGUUUAGAGAUGUGGCUCUUGAUGAAAAAAGCUUGGACACCCCUGGCUUAAGGUAAAGAAAACUUUAAAGCAAAGGGGUAUACUAGUUUAGUAUAUAAUGUCAUGUUUUGUUUACAGUUUGUUUAUUAAAUGCCAUUCACUGCAUACAUUGAAUAAGAUCAUAUUUAUAUUUCCGUCGUGUGUAUUUUAAUGGAUGAGUUCACCUGUUACUUCUGAUCUACGCUGGUAUUAAUUUGUUUAGUGAGUUUUGUUUUAACAGUGCCUCAUAAGCCUCGAGUAAAAUAAAGAUUUUAUAAUGAUUAGUGUUUGAUUUAAAAAAAACAACAAAUGAAAAUAAUUGUUUUGUUGGAAAUGUUUUGGUUAUUACAGGAAAGACCCAGCAGAUGGCAGCAUGGUCAAGUAUUUGAGCACUGCCAACGCCACAGAGUUUCUUAAAGGUGCACUAUGUAACUUUUCCUUUGGCGUCCACUGGUUAUUGCUUUGCCUGGAAUUUCUACAAUACAGCAUUAAACUUGCCUCCUCCUAAUCUAUCUCCACGGAAAUAGAUUUGAAGAAGAUAGAUUAGAGCUGCUGCUUUUUGUGAUUUUUGUUCUGAAAAAAAGAACAAAGGUGCUGAGCUGCAAGCAGAAGAU